CUUUGUUGUUUAAACGUCAAACUUCAAAGUGCUUCAAAGCAACGAUAAAAACAAAACAAACGGUUACAAGAGCAGAUAAUUAUAAUCUGAUUUAAAAAUGUCUGCUGCAAAAUCUGAGAAAGACCUUCAUUUACCUUUGUCUAGAGUUAAAACAAUUAUGAAGAGUUCUCCAGAUGUAGAUGCAGUUGGACCAGAACCACUGUAUUUAGUAACUAAAGUGACUGCAAUGUUUGUUACCGAUUUAGCCAAAAGGGCGUACAAAAAUACAAAAGGAAACAUGUUAGAGUACAAACAUAUAGCUGAGGUUGUGCAAGAAGAUGAUACUUUGGAUUUUCUACGAGAAAUAGUGCCAAGAAAAAUUACAGUACGGGAGUACAAAGAAUUAAUGUCACGGAAAGCAGCCCGGGGUGACAGAUCUGAUGAGUCUAGUGAGGAAUCUAGUGAAACAGAGAGUAGUGAUGAAAGUUCAAGUGGUGUGGAAAUCAUAGAGUAAUUGUAGCUUAAUAGUGUAAUCUAACUUUUUAUAUUAUAAGGGGGCAAAUAAGUAAGAAGCCACAUGAACAGACCAAAAGUGACCUCUGCCCGUAGACAUCCACAAAUGUGAUUAGUUACCUACCUUUAAUUGAGGGAGGAUGGGACUCCUUUUCUUAUAAGAAAAAGAAAAGGCUAGUAUUUUUAAUUUGCCAUCUAAACUAAUGAACUGUUAUAAUUAUGAAGUAAAUUUACCAACAUAAUGAAGUUGUUUUUUAUUUUGAAAUAAUUAUUAAAUAUUAUUGAAGAACAUUGUAUCUUGCAAAAAACAGUUCAAAUAUAAUAUUACUUCUUUUACUGUUUAUAUAAAUUGCACCUUUUACAUUG